AUGUCCGGAGAGGAAAUGGUGGGAGGCGCGGGUAGCUCUGCGCCGCUCCGCACCCGUCUUCAGCCCGGAGUCAAGGCGCGUCGUGCAGCACACUUGUAG